UGACGUCACGUACUUUGUCAGCCGCCCUGCUCCGCCGUCGUUCCGCUCGUGUCAGGCUCACCCGUUGCUGAUAUCCGAAAAUCGCUGUUUUUUGUCGGGUGAAUAUGGCCGCGGGUCCUCUCUCUGUAUCCUCAAACGCAUCCACAAACAACGAUGGCAUUCUUAUCGGUGACAAAGUUUACUCCGAAGUGUACCUUACGAUCGACAACUCGCUCAUACCGGAGGAAAGGCUCUCCCCAACGCCGUCGAUGCUCGACGGCCUCGACCUGAGCGCAGAGACCGACCUUCGCAUCCUCGGAUGUGAACUGAUUCAGUCUGCGGGCAUUCUUCUCCGGUUACCACAGGUGGCAAUGGCAACGGGACAGGUGCUGUUUCAUCGUUUUUUCUACUCCAAGUCCUUCGUGAAGCACAGUUUUGAGAUUGUUGCUAUGGCUUGUAUCAACUUGGCCUCCAAGAUCGAGGAAGCGCCAAGACGAAUACGAGAUGUCAUCAACGUUUUCCACCAUCUGAGACAGAUCAGAGGCAAAAAGGCUCCAAGUUCAUUGAUACUUGAUCAGAACUACAUAAAUACCAAAAACCAAGUCAUCAAAGCAGAACGGCGGAUCCUGAAGGAGCUGGGCUUCUGUGUGCAUGUCAAGCAUCCUCACAAGAUUAUCGUCAUGUACCUUCAAGUCCUGGAUUGUGAGAAGAACCAGACGCUGGUCCAGACGGCCUGGAACUACAUGAAUGAUACCCUGAGGACGAAUGUGUUUGUAAGAUUCCAAGCCGAGACGAUCGCCUGUGCCUGCAUAUUCCUUGCUGCCCGAGCCCUGCAGAUACCUCUGCCAUCCAAACCAAAUUGGUACCUGCUGUUUGGAGCCAGUGAAGACGAAGUAAAAGAGGUCUGCGUCACCACCCUUCGACUCUACACCAGGAAGAAGCCGAACUAUGACCACCUGGAGAAAGAGGUUGAGCGGAGGAAGGUGCACUUGGCAGAGGCCAAGCUGAAGGCUAAAGGACUCAACCCUGAUGGGACCCCUGCACUGUCUACAAUGGGUGGCUUCUCUCCUGCUUCCAAGCCCUGCUCCCCGAGUGUGGUCAAGGUGGAAGAGAAGUCCCCUAACCCCCAGACCCUCAAACCCGUUAAGAAGGAGCCAGACAGCCGGGGUCAGGCCAACAAGAGUCCACACAACGGUUUAAGGAAAGACUUGAAGAUUGGGAGGAACAGCAGGAGCGGAAGUCGAUCUCGUUCAAGAACACGUUCCCGGUCUAGAUCCCGCUCCCCUCGCAGACAUUACAACAGCAGGCGCAGUCACUCAGGAACCUACAGUUCUCGCUCACGUUCCCGCUCUCACAGUCGCAGUCCAUCGCCUCGGCGACAUCCGCCCUCUCCCCUCCUCCCCCACCUCAAGUCCAAGGCCAGCCAUCACGGCAAUAGCGACUCCAAGCCAAGCGGACGUCAUAGCAACAGUGGAGGUGGGGGAUCUGGUCACAAGAGGAAGCGCUCACGUUCUAGGUCACGAUCCCGCACGCCGGUCAAAGUAGAAAGGGAACGGGACAGAGAGAGGGAACGCGAGAGAGACAGAGACCGCAGUUCCUUUGACCUCUCGGCAAAGAAACACAAACACGAGCGAGGAGGUGGUCAUCGAGGUGAAAGGAGAGAGAGGGAGAGGUCUCGGUCCUACGACAGGGACAGAGAGAGGGAGCGUAGUCACAAGAGCAAACACCACAGCAGUAGUGGGCACUCAGGACAUAGCCGUCAUCGCCGCUGACAACACACACACACACACACACCGACAGGCUAGCUCUAGGACUGGUAGUCACUUAAGUAUUUGCAGUAUACUUUAAACAAAAUCAGAUUUGGCGUGUUCUCUGAAUGCAGUUUAAUUCAGUUGAUUGUCAGUAAAUAU